UGCUUGCCAUUUUCUGGAAACACCUGAACGUAUCCUUUUUCGCCCUUUCCGUGAAGAUGUCGGUGCUGAACGGAGCCUUCGUGGCCUCGGCGCAUGCCCACCGGCAGUCGAAGAGGUGGAGGUCCAACGUCUACACUCCCACAUGGGAGGCGGAGGAUCGGAAGGCCACGGCGGAGCGUCUGCAGCGCGUGAUGAAGGGAGAGUCCUCCUCGAUGGUGGAGAACAUGGUCAACGACUUGAUUGGGAGGGGCCUGAACCAGGAGAAGGAACCCGUGAAGACCUCCGUGGUGGAUUCCAAGAUCUUUCAUUGCUUCAUCUACGGUACCAUCAUCCUGAACGCCUUGACGCUGGGCAUGCAGGCAGACUUCCAGACUGGGAGCUGGCCAUUGGUGUGGCUGAUCUUCGAGAAUGUCUUCACUGCGGUCUUCACCAUCGAAAUGGUCUUGAAGAUCUACUUUUUGCGGCUGGAGUACUUCUGGAAUGCCGGCGGUCCGGUCUAUUGGAACCUCUUGGACUUCGUCAUCGCCUGGCUCGCGAUUGCGGAUUGCUGGAUCUUAUCGUGGCAGGACAUCAACGACGCGCCGCUCCUGAGAGCGAUGCAGCUCUUGCGCAUCAUCAGGAUAGCGAAGCUGAUUGGUCUGCGGCAGGAGCUGGUGGCCAUCAUGGAGGGGCUCUUCAGCUCGUUGGAAUGCAUGGUCUGGAUAGGCUUCCUGCUGCUGAUCGCGAUCUAUUCCUUCGGCAUCGUUUGCCGCAACGUGAUGGGUGAUCUCACGAAUGCGGACUUCGAGCACGUCAUCGACAAUGACAUGUACUUCGGGACGUUGCCGAGGACCAUGCUCACGCUCUUCAACAUUGCUCUCAUUGAGAACUGGGCCGCCGUGAUUUGGCCUCAGAUGCUGUACAACCCUUGGAUGGUCUUGCCGCUGAUCUUCUUCAUGUGCGUCACCUGCUUCGGCUUGAUGAACGCCUUGAUCGGUGUGAUCGUGGAGCGCACCACUGCAGCGCAACAGAACAUGAGCAGCCUCGAGGAGGAGAAAAUCCGGGAGAUGAAGAUGCUCAUGGUCGCUCAACUCCUGGAAGCGAUUGAUGCCUCUGAUGAGGACGAGAGUGGCACCAUCAAUCUCCAGGAGUUCCGCCAGGUUCAACGGAAACCGUACGCCGCGCAGAUCUUCGCAGCGUUGAAUCUGCCGCCGGGGUUCGAGGCCAAGGACCUCUUUGGGCUCCUGGACGCGGAUGGCGACGGGGUCUUGGACCGUUACGAGUUCUUGCUCGGGAUUUGUCGCUUGAUUUGGUGCGACGACUUUCAGAGCAAAUGCCUGAUGAGCUACCAGAUCUCGCAGGUCCGUGAGGACAUCCGCGCCUUGCGCUCCUCGGUGCUGGACCUCUCCCAGAGCAAGGUGGACAGCAUUUCGGAGGACCUGGUGAAGUCCAUCUCCGCCAGCGUGCGCAAGGACUAUCAGGAAAUCCUGGACGAACGCUUGGCACACUGGGAACCGCUCAAGGCGACGCUGGGCCGGCAGCGGACGGCCACGGGCUCGUGCCAGCUCCAAGCUGACAGGCGAUCUGGGAGCGAAGGUGAUCCUCCUGGAUCCGGCACGGCCGCAGGCGUCUCCCUCGAGGAGGUGGAAGGGCUCUUGGAAUCGAUUCAGUUGAACGGGACGCAGGCCGCUCCGCCUUCCUGGACGAUCCAGUUAAGACCGGAGAUCCUGGAGGCGGUGGAGCAGAGCAUGGAGCGGCUCACGAGCGCCUGUGGGGCACAAAGGUUAAUGCUUAGAGCUGAUGGACUUCUCUGCGUGGAGGGCUCCCGAGCCACCGUCGAACGCCGCUCGGUGGCCGGACGAGUGGUGGUGCUUGACGGGCAUGCUACGCGUCGUUUCGGGGCAGAUGGAAGACGGGAGGUCUCGCAGAGCAGCUGCACGAGCUGUACAAGGACCCAGGCGCUGACAGUGGCGAGGAGGAGGUCUUCUCGCAGCCGGGCGAAGCAGGCGAAGCGAGCGAAGCCACAGUCCGUCUCGAUGCGGGUCUGCCGAAGGGGCGGAGGAAGCCGCGUCGUGCGAAGAAGGCCAAGGUGUCGCAGGAGGGCGACUGGAGCGCCCCGCGACCGGGGUCGGUGACCGGGCUGGUCGAGGGAGUCUGAGUCGGAUCGACUCGACCGACUUCGGACCUCGGAAAGGGUGGCUCCCCGAAGAGAAAGCGCCGAGAAAGCGAA